AUGGACGCAGGGCCGAGCGUGCUGUGGGAGCAGCUGCUCCUCGCUCAGGCCGUGUACCAAGUUGCGGCGAGUCCGCCGGAAUGGGAAAAGGUAGCGUCGCUUUUGUCUACGCACCCUCUGGUGCUGGAGAAGAGGACACAGUGGAACGCGGGGCAGUGUGAGCAGGCGUGGAAGUCGCUCAUGCUCGGCCACGCGAUCACCGAAGAAGGCGAUGCCCAGGCGCCCAAGUCGGGGAGGAAUGCGCAGCUUGCGCUUGCACAAAAGCUGUACGCAGCGCGCCUUGGCGAAAUCCACGAGCAGAUCAAGGAAAAGGAGACCAAGUUCCGCGAUCUCCACCAGCGCCUGCAGGACCUCGAGAGCGGCAAGCUGGACGAGCGCCUGCGCGAAGAGGCCGGCAUUCCAGACGAGACGCCGCGGCGCAAGCGGCGUGCCGAGGCCGCAGAAGCGUCGGCUGACGACGACGACGAGGCCGACGAGCACCUGCAAGUCGAGCAGGACCUGCUUGGCGACGAUGGGCCGGCCGAGGCACAUGUCCCUGAGACGCCCGAGCGGGAAGAACGGACGCCGCAGCCUGCGACGACAUACAAGUCGCGUGCACGGCGGCGAACCGAGAGCCGCGGCCGCAGCCUGACGGCCGACGAGUCGCUCUCGCGCACGCCGUCGCCGGGGCGCACCACGCGGCGCUCGCGGCGAGCGACGCCCGAGGCCGACGAGCACUCUGCCAGCGAGGACGGCCACGGGACCGACGGCGUGUCGGACGCCGAGCGCGACAAGAGCCGGCGGCGCACGACGCAGGUCUUGCUUAUGCUGCACAACGAGGUGUCGAAUCACACGCACGGCAACCUCUUUCACCAGGCAAUCAAAGAAGCGGAUGCCCCGGACUAUUAUUCGCUCAUCAAGCAGCCUAUGGACCUCAAACUCAUCAAGCAGCGCAUUAAGGAGGGCACGAUCGCGUCGGCGCUUGAUCUGCGCCGCGCACUGAGCCUCAUGUUUGCGAAUGCGCUCAUGUACAACCGCCCCGACACCGAGGUGCACCGCAUGGCGAACGAGAUGCGACUGGCCACGGACGAGAUGCUCGACCAAUUCGAGCAGACACCGUAG